CAUCAUGGAUGCAAAGUCAAUUGUAUUUGAAUGAAUGAAAACCUCUGUCCAAGUUGAUUUCCAUCCAAUUGUUGCUCAAUUUUCUUUUUCAAAAUUGUACUCUCGUUAUGACUUUCUCUAAUUUGAAUUAUUCUAUGUGUAGAUAGAUGGGGGGAUAUCAAUUGAUAGGCACUUCACAGAAGCUUUGAUUGAGACAUCACCAGCCUUCAUUUGCACUACCUUUUCAAAGCUCCGUCAAUGGCAUACUUCAACCUCUCUUUCCUCGCCCUUCUCCUCCUCCUCCUGCCCCCACUCGCUCUCCUUCUCAUCCUCUACCUCAUAGUCCGGCCCCGCCCUGUCAAGAUCCCAAUCAAGAACCGCCACGUGUUCAUCACCGGAGGUUCCAGCGGAAUCGGGCUGGCAUUGGCCCAUCACGCCGCCUCCGAGGGUGCCCGAGUCUCCAUCCUCGCCCGCUCCAUCGACAAGCUCGAGGAAGCAAAGAACUACAUCCAACUCUCCACAGGCAUUGACGUGUCGAUCUUCUCUGCUGACGUUCGUGACUACGAUGCGGUAUCAAAAGCGGUGGAGGAGGCAGGCCCCAUUGAUGUGCUGAUUGUCAACCAAGGGGUCUUCGUCCCUGAAGAACUCGAGAAGCAGGGAUUGGAUGAGGUGAAGUUCAUGGUGGACGUAAAUCUGAUUGGCAGCUUCAACAUGAUCAAAGCUGCUUUGCCCAAAAUGAAGAAAGGAGAUGGUAUGCCCCGUUCGAUUGCUCUCAUGUCUUCCCAAGCUGGUCAAGUUGGUAUCUACGGCUACACAGCUUACUCUGCGAGCAAGUUUGGGCUUCGUGGGUUGGCCGAAGCUCUGCAACAAGAGGUGAUAUCUCAUGAUAUUCAUGUUUCUCUUAUAUUCCCUCCGGACACAGACACCCCUGGUCUCACUGAAGAGACGAAAAAACGGCCGCAACUGACUAGCAUUAUAGCAGAGUCGUCAGGGGUGAUGAAAGCUGAAGAAGUAGCAAAGAAGGCUUUUGGGGGGAUCAAGUCUGCUGCUUUUAUUGUGCCUUGUAACCUUGAAGGGGCGUUGCUGUCUAUUGCCACUGCUGGGAUGUCUCCUCAGAGAUCGUUUGUUAUGGCAUUUGUUGAAGUGGUUGCUGCUGGUUUGGUUCGUCUUGUUGCUCUGUUUUUCCAGUGGAAUUGGUAUAAUGGUAUACACACGUGGCAUGCACAGAACAAAAUCGACGAUUUGAUGGAACAGAGAACUGAGAUUCAUGUAGCUGACCUCAAAUGGUUGGGAACUUGGGACUUGUCACUGUUAGAUGGCAGGAGAUCAAAGUGA